AUAAUCGCUUUCACUUCACACUUCUCUCUCACAUUCUGGGCAGAAACUUUGGAUCUAGAACACACAAAGCACAAGAGUUGAAAAGAUGAACGACUUGAUGACGAAAUCGUUCAUGAGUUACGUUGACUUGAAAAAAGCAGCGAUGAAGGAUAUGGAAGCAGGACCUGACUUUGAUCUUGAGAUGGCUUCGACGAAAGCAGACAAGAUGGAUGAGAAUCUGUCAUCUUUCUUAGAGGAAGCUGAGUAUGUGAAAGCAGAGAUGGGUUUGAUUAGUGAGACACUGGCUCGGAUCGAGCAGUACAACGAAGAGAGUAAAGGUGUGCACAAGGCAGAGUCUGUGAAGUCUCUUCGUAACAAGAUCUCUAAUGAGAUUGUGUCUGGUUUGAGGAAGGCGAAAUCGAUAAAGUCGAAGCUGGAAGAGAUGGAUAAAGCCAACAAGGAGAUUAAAAGGCUCUCUGGGACUCCAGUUUACAGGAGCAGAACCGCUGUUACUAACGGGCUGAGGAAGAAGUUGAAGGAAGUGAUGAUGGAGUUUCAAGGGCUGAGGCAAAAGAUGAUGACUGAGUACAAGGAGACUGUUGAGAGAAGGUACUUUACUGUGACUGGAGAACAUGCUAAUGAAGAGAUGAUUGAGAAGAUCAUCACUGAUAACGCUGGAGGUGAAGAGUUUCUCACGCGAGCAAUCCAGGAACAUGGUAAAGGAAAAAUCUUGGAAACUGUGGUUGAGAUUCAAGAUAGGUAUGAUGCAGCAAAGGAGAUUGAGAAGAGUCUGUUGGAGCUUCACCAAGUGUUUCUUGAUAUGGCUGUGAUGGUUGAAUCGCAAGGUGAACAGAUGGAUGAGAUCGAGCAUCAUGUGAUAAAUGCGAGCCAUUACGUGGCGGAUGGGGCUAAUGAGCUGAAGACUGCAAAGAAUCAUCAGAGGAGCAGCAGGAAAUGGAUGUGCAUUGGUAUCAUUGUGCUGCUUUUGAUCAUUCUCAUUGUUGUCAUCCCCAUCAUUACCAGUUUCAGCUCUUCUUGAGAUGCUUACUAUGUUCACUCCUUGUGGUUUGUUUUCGCCCAUUGGAUGUCUUAAUCCUUUUGUGUGCUGAAAAAAUGUCUUAAUCCUCUUCUGUCUUGUAUCCAUUUUUAAUGAAAUGAUGAAUGUUUU